AUGCUUCCAUUUUAUGAAAUGCACAAUUUUGAGGAUGAGUUAACAUGUCCCAUUUGUUACAGUAUUUUUGAAGAUCCUCGUGUACUACCAUGCUCUCAUACAUUUUGUAGAAAUUGUUUGGAAAAUGUGCUACAGGCAACUGGUAACUUUUAUAUAUGGAGACCUUUACGCAUUCCACUCAAGUGCCCUAACUGCAGAAGUAUUAUUGAAAUUGCUCCAAGUGGUAUUGAAUCUUUACCUGUUAAUUUUGCAUUAAGGGCUAUUAUUGAAAAGUACCAGCAAGAAGACCAUCUGGAUAUCAUCACCUGCCCUGAGCAUUAUAGGCAGCCCUUAAAUGUUUACUGUCUCCUGGAUAAAAAAUUGGUUUGUGGUCAUUGCCUUACCAUAGGUCAGCAUCACGGUCAUCCUAUAGAUGACCUUCAGAGUGCCUAUAUGAAAGAAAAGGACACACCUCAAAAACUGCUUGAACAGUUAACUGACACACACUGGACAGAUCUUACUUGUCUUAUUGAAAAGCUAGAAGAACAAAAAUCUCAUUCAGAGAAAAUGGUCCAAGGUGAUAAGGAAGUUGUUCUCCAGUAUUUUAAGGAGCUUAGUGAUACAUUAGAACAGAAAAAAAAAAUUUUCCUAACAGCUCUUUGUGAUGUUGGCAAUCUGAUUAAUCAGGAAUAUACUCCACAGAUUGAAAGAAUGAAAGAAAUAAGAGAGCAGCAGCUUGAAUUAGUGACACUGACAACAUCUUUACAAGAAGAGGCUCCACUUAAAUUUCUUGAAAAAGUUGACGAUGUCCGCCAACGUGUGCAGAUCUUGAAACAAAGACCGCUUCCUAAGGUCCAACCUGUUGAAAUUUAUCCUCGAGUAAGCCAAGUAUUGAAAGAUGAUUGGAGCAGAACAGAAAUUGGACAAAUUAAGAAACUUCUCAUUCCUGAAAUGAAGAUCUCUUCAAAAAGGAUUCCCUGUGCCUGGCCUGAUAAAGGGGAAAAAGUUGAAUUUUUUAAGAUUCUAAACAUUGUUAUAGUUACACUAAUUUCAGUGAUACUGAUGUUGAUCCUCUUUUUAAACCAACACAUAAUAACCUUUUUAAAUGAAAUCACUUCAAUAUGUUUUUCUGAAGUCUCUCUCUCUGUUUACCAAAGUUUAUCUAAGAAUGUGCACAAUUUAAAGAAUAUACUAUGUCACACUGUGUAUUUACUGAAGGAAUUCAUGUGGAAAAUGGUUUCUCAUUGA